AUGAGGAUGACUGAAUGUUUACAAGAUCAAAAUAAUUAUCUUAUUGAUACUUCAACUCCAGAGACAUUGGAACGGGAUUUUUAUGCUUGGUUAAAUACUGAUUACCCUCCAAAUUAUUCAUAUCCAUCAUCUGGUUAUAUGUAUUCUGGUGGAAAAAUGUAUUAUGCUCCAACAAAUUAUACAACAUCAACAAUGUCAUGUUCAGGGGAUGAAGCACAAUCAGAUAGAUCAUCACCAAAUUUAUCAUCAUCACCUCAAAGUAUUAUGGGUGAGAAUGUUGAGUAUAAUUAUUAUAAUUAUCCAGCUCCAAUGACGAUAACUUCAAAUAUGGUACAAAGAGAUGAUAUAUAUACAAAUGGAUAUCCAAAUAUAUCUCAAAAUUCAUCAUUACAUCAUCCACUUCAACAAGGUACUAUUAUGGGAAAUGGUUUGAUUGGUAAUAAUUACAUGUUAAAACAAAAUAAUAUCCACCAACAACAUCAUAAUCCUCAUCAUCCAAUUAAUGGUGGAAUGAUUAUGAAUUGUAAUGAUAAUAUGAUAAGAGGAGGAAAAAUAUCUAAUAAUACACAAAUAAAUAAUACAAAUUUUAUUACAACUAGUAGUUCAUCAUCAUCACCACCACAAUCACAACAGACAACAUCAUCAUCAUCAUCAUCAUCAACAUCAACAACAACAACAACAACAAAUUGUACUCCACCAUCAAAUCAAGGAAGAUCCUCUGGUACUAAUCAAUUAGGAAGAACAUACUCACCAGGAUUACCAUUAUCGAUGGGUGAAAGAGAACAAAUUGUUGCUUUAUAUCAAAAUGGUUGGAAAAUAUGUGAUAUCUCAAAAAAAUUAUGUGUUACACAUUCAUGUGUAUCAAAAAUAUUAAAUAGAUUUCGCCUAACAGGCUCCGUCCGUCCCAAAGAUGCUAAAGAAGGGCGUGUGGAGUCACCAUUAGUCAUAGCUAUACGUGAUUACAGAUUUAGACUUGGUAUGACAAGGCAAAGUGAGAUACGUGAACAAUUAAUUGCUGAUGGUAUAUGUAGUCGGGAGAAUGCUCCAAGUAGAAGUAGUAUUAAUCACAUUCUUCGCACUAAAUUAGAUAUAAAAAAGAAACCAAAAAUUGUUUAA